GAGGAGGACGCGGAUUACGCCAUUAAGAUCAUGAACAUGAUCAAAUUAUACGGGAAGCCGAUCCGAGUGAACAAAGCCUCGGCCCACAACAAAAACCUGGACGUGGGGGCCAACAUCUUCAUCGGCAACCUGGACCCCGAAAUCGAUGAGAAGCUGCUGUACGACACCUUCAGCGCCUUCGGGGUCAUCCUGCAGACGCCCAAGAUCAUGCGAGACCCCGACACGGGCAACUCGAAGGGCUACGCCUUCAUCAACUUCGCCAGCUUCGACGCCUCGGACGCCGCCAUCGAGGCCAUGAACGGACAGUACCUCUGCAACAGGCCCAUCACCGUCUCCUACGCCUUCAAAAAAGAUUCCAAAGGCGAGCGGCACGGCUCGGCUGCCGAGCGGCUCCUGGCAGCCCAGAACCCGCUCUCGCAGGUGUUCGCCGACGCGCCUCCUCCUCCUUCCGUCCCGACUCCUGUUGUCACCUCCCUGGGACCCGGCGUCACCCCUCCGGGUGGGUGA